AUGAGCAGCAGCGUCGAUGCUGCUGCUGCGAACAGCAGCAGCAGCAAAACGGCAGAAGAGAUGAGCAGUACCGCGUUCGCGGGCUCUUCGCCCACCGGGUCCCCAAAUAGCAGCAGCAACAACGGCAGCAGCAGCAAGAGCAACAGCAGCAACAGCAACAGCAGCAACAGCAGCAGCAGCAACAGCGGGGACACCAACAGCAGCGACUGCAGCAACACCAGCAGCAGCGACUGCACCAACGCCAACACAAGCAGCAGCAACGGCAGCGGCACCACGAGCGCCAGCAGCAGCAGCAGCGACUGCAGCAGCAGCAGCACCAGCAGCAGCACCAGCAGCAGCACCAGCAGCAGCACCAGCAGCAGCAACAGCAGCAGCAGCAGCAAGGACGUGAAGUCCUGGGAGAUAAGUGAGCAGCUGCAGGCCCUGGGCCCUGAAGCAUAUUUGCUGGAUGCUUCCUAUACCCCGCAGCGGCCAACUAACUUCACCAAGAAUGUUAAG